UAGGCGCGUUAUUGUUUCAAGUAAAUCGUAAAAUGAAACAAUUUUUUUGCUAAAAUGGCUGAUUUAUUUACGAUCGUUAAGCAACCAACAGUAUGUCUGGUGUUGAGUAUAUUUAUUUACUUUAUUAUUUCGAAAAUAAUAUUCGACAAUGUUUACUUAACCUCGAAUAUGGUCGUAGACGAAGAAUUUCAUAUCCCUUUAGGCCAUUCUUACUGUGAGCUUGAUUUUUCUCAAUGGGAUCCUAAAGUAACGACACUCCCAGGACUUUACGUGGUGUCAAUGGUUGUACUGAGCCCAUUUCAUACAUGUUCUUCAUAUGCGUUAAGAUUUGUGUCACUAUUAGCAUCUGUAGUCAAUAUAUUGUUGUUUUACCACCUUCUUUCCAAGCACGAGGAGAGCAAAUGGGGAAAUGUUUUAUCAGCUCUUACUCUGGCUCUACUUCCACCCUUGUACUUCUUUAGUCAUUUUUAUUAUACGGAUGUUGUAGCACUCACGAUGACUUUAGCGAUGCUUGUAUUGAGUGAAAAAGGGUAUCAUUACUAUGCUUCAGUUUUCGGUUUCAUUUCGGUGCUUUGCCGUCAAACCAAUAUUAUUUGGGUGGCCUUAGUUGCUGGAAAAUAUGCAUUGACGGAGUUGUAUAAAAUUGCAAUGCAUAGAGCCAUAACAAGAGAAACAGAACACACAAUACCAUCAGAGAACUUUUAUCAAUUCAUUAUGCAGCUUUUAAGGAGACCUAAGAGUAUUCUGUUAAAUACAUCCCUGCAGUUUUGGCUUGAUUUAUCAGCAUAUGCAACUAUCCUAAUAACAUUUGUAGUUUUUAUUAUUUUAAACGGUUCAGUUGUUGUUGGAGAUAAAAGUGCUCACGAAGUCGCGGUGCAUAUACCACAACUGUUCUAUUAUUCAUUGUUUUGCUUAAUUUUUUCUUGGCCGCACUUCGUAGGUGAGGUCAUCAGUUUCACUUUCUUCGCCAGAAGGCAUAAGUUGUUGAUUUUAAGUUCUAUUUUACUAGGAAUAUUCCUGGUAUAUGCAAAUACUUUGGUCCAUCCUUAUUUGCUUGCCGACAACCGGCAUUAUUUUUUUUAUGUAUGGAACAGAUUUUAUGGAAAAUACGCCUUAUUUCGGUAUUUUAUGGUCCCAGUUUAUGUAUUUUCUUGGUACGUCAUAUUAAAAAUAUUGUAUGAUAAAAAUGAUAUGAGUUUCUUAAUACUGUAUUUACUAUGCAUCUUUCUCGUGUUGAGUACACAUAAAUUGGUUGAUGUUCGUUAUUACUUUAUUCCUUAUAUAAUUUUUAGACUUCGGAUCAAGAACAACACUUCUACAGUUUUUAAUGUGAUUCUUGAGUUUGUUACAUUUUGUGUCAUAAAUGCUAUAUCCUUUAAUUUGUUUUACACCAAAACUAUCAUUUGGGAAGAUUACGAGGCCCCACAACGGUUAAUAUGGUAAUAGAAGUAUAUUUAUGAAAAGUUUUAUGGUUUUGGGUCAUUUUGUGUUAAUGUGAUAGUAUGUUAUACCAAAUGCUUUGAAUUUUCAAUUAAAUGUUGAAUCCUCACAAUAUAAUUGUGGAAAGGUGUCACACUUUAGUUUUUAGGCUGUCAGAUACUUAAAUAUACCCUUAUUUUUUUGCUUUUCUGGCUGUUACUUAAGUAGUUAUUGCAUGCUAUUUUUGGAAUAAGUCUAUUGCAAAAAAUAUGCUUGAUUUUUCAAGAUUUUAUCCAUCUAUACAAAUGUCCUAAAAAGAAGACUGUAUAUUAUUUAUUUCAUAUUAUUUAUAUGGUAAUUAAGUGUAUUUCAAAUGUUAAUAAAGUGAAU